CACUAUCAUUAGUUCCUCGUUAGAUGCGAUCCACGGUCGACCAUCGUUUUAAUAUAAUACUAUGGCACAAGUCAAAAUAUCCUUUGCAUUAUUGACAAUAACAUUGGUCAUCUGCAAGAAUUCACAAUCGUUCAUGUUCGACCAGUGUGAUCCUCGUCACACAAACCUAACCCAAGAAUGUGUGGGAAAAUUUAUACUGGAGACUCUGGUUAAAGUCACAGAAGAUCCAGAGAAUUUCAUCAAAUCAAACCAAUUGAAUAACGACAGUGGAACGACCAUGCGAUUUAUCAAACUGAAAUUCGAUAAUGAUACAAUGAACAUAGAUCAACGCUACGAAAUUGACGAAAGUAGAUCGUGGAAUACAGGAAAUUUUUGGGAUCAAUUGGUUUACGCAUUCAAAAAACUGACCAAUUAUAGUAACGAUCACGGAAUCCUGUUGUCCCUCCCGCAAUGGUCGAAAAAUUUUCCACCUGUCACAGUCGUCGAUGAGAACGACAUUUUUGAAGUGGUCAACGAAAGUCGAGCCAAACACCCGCACAAGAAGUAUGCGCUGCUGUUCCCACUGCUGGCCACGUUCAAGUUCCUGGUGAUCAAAGCGCUGCUGGUGCCAAUAUUGGUGGCUGUCAUGAUCAUCAAGAAGAUGCUGGUGCUCGGCGUCAUGGCACUGCCAACCCUGAUGACCAUGUUGCGACUCUGUCGGAACCCCAACUUCGGGGGCUUCGGGUUCGGUGCCGGUAACCUGGUGGCUACGGGCGCUGUCGGCCCGGUCGGCCAGGCGGCCGCGUUCGCACCGCUCACCGCCGACAUAUCGGGCGAUUACUCCUCAUACGUGCAACAAUCGGCCGCCGCGUCCCAACAGAACAACGCCUACAAGGACUACUCUAAGAAUUUGAUAGACGCCAUGAAGACGACGUACCAACGGCGAUGAAGUCUUCGACGGAUGUACGAUCGAAUCGCAGUUGAUAUUAUCAUCAUUGCGUACGACUUAAAUUAUAUGCACUAUAACCCCCCCCCCCCAGUCGACACCACAACCCAUCGACAUUAGCAAAACCCAACUACCCUCAUUAUGUUAUAAGUACCUCAUCUUGUUACAGCCGACACCACCUUCAUCGUCCAAUACACACAUAACAAAAUUCAUUACCUAAUAACUGAUAUUUUGUUUCCUGCAGACGCGAUCUUCAGAAAUAACCUCCUACUUCCAAAUGAUUUCCUAAACUGAUGACAAUUUACUUUUUGUAUUUCCAUUAAUUUUCAGAAAUUGCGUGAAAGUUAAAGGUUGGUAUGCCGUUUGGAGCUAAUUAAGGUUUAACACCUCGCACUUUAGCUCAAUGUUGGUCGAUAAGUAUCUAACUAUUUUCAAAAUAACCGUACAACAUCCUACUUAUCUUACUUUUGAUAUUGUAAACUAACUCAUAAAUUUAUCAUUCAUUUCAAACACACUAUCAUUAUUAUAACAAGUUUGCAUGUUGCAUCAACACUGCUUAAUUUAUUGUUUUACAUAAUACUAUUAAUAAGUAUUAAUAGGUUAGUACCUACACAUUAAUAAAUUAUAAAAUAUUAUAUUUGUAUUCUUGGGUAGGUACAUUUGUUCUUUUAUUUAUGAUUAUUUCAUUAGUCGUAUACAAUAAUGUAUUGGUAGUAGACAGUGGUACAAUUUUCCUGUCUUUCUCUUGAUGAAGUCUACAACAACAGCUUUAAAACGUGUUUUGUCUUAUCGUUUAAAAUCAUAUUAUUUAUUUUUCGUCUGUAAAGUAAAAUUAUGUUAAGACCAGUCAUCAAUCCCCAUCUCAUGCCUUGCGCUUUACGACUAAUAGGUACGCAUAGGUUUCCAACUGAAUUCAAACCUAAUAGUAUUAUAGAUAGGUGGAUAAGCCGUUUAAAUAUGUUAAAAGACACGCCACGUUUUGAUAUAUACCUGAAACCACUACCUAGAUACAUAUAGUUAAUGAUGGUUUUUAUUUAAAGUUUAA